UUUUAACGCACCCUGUAGAUAUUCGAAUGAACUUGGAGUUGGGAUGGCGGCCAUUAGUAGAAAUAGUUGGAAAACGUUUAUUUAACGAUUUUUAAAAUUUCUAGGCAGAUUUUACAAAAGUGGAACAUUUGUGAUUUUUGUGCAAUUUCUGAUGAAAAUGAUGACGGCGUUUCAACAAGCAGCGUACGCAGCAAAUGGUACAUCUAACAAUGGAGACGCAGACACAACAAACGAACAACAGGAGCAAACCUCAAACGAAACAACGGAGCCUGAGCCUCCAGUACCUGGAACAGAAGAACCUCAAAUUAAACGAGGCCUGACGAUGGGUAAGUGGUAGCAUGUAGAGGAUUUUUAGAAGUUCAAAAAAAAAAACAAUUUAAGUACGGGAACCCUUGACUAAUCUGCGAUAUUUCGGUCUGCUUGAGCUGUUCCAGAAAUGAGAUCGACUGGCAUGUACCGCUAUGGAGUCACACUAGCCAGAUAUAGCUGUAACCGUUGCCUCGCGGUUACAUGGUAGGAAGUAAAAAUCACUGUACUAACAUUUUUGUGAGCCUGAGGGUGGGACGAAAUAGUUUAAUUAUCUAAAAUUGUAUUUUACUUGUAUAGUGAGGUUAUGUGCAAGUGUGAAUUUAGGAUGUAAAAACAACAGGUAUUCAUAUAGAAAGACAAAACUGUAUUAUAAUAUGGUUUAAUGCAUAAUAAGGUAGUUCACAAGCAAUAGUGAUUACUUUAUUUAAUGUAAAAAUAUUGGAUAUGCUUUAACGAGGGCCAAUAAACUUCAUUAGGUAUUUAGUAAAAAAUCAGGUAAAUGUACAAGUCCUUGAGCUCUCAGGUUUCAUAAAUUUGUUUUAUUUGCAAACUGUUUAAGUCCGAAUUAAAUUUGGAGGUGUUUAGACAAAGCUAUUUUUAAUUUUGUGUUUACAGAUCGAAUUGUUGCGACAAUCUUUUAGAUCCCAGCAUUCGCCGAAGCGUUGGCGCAGUCCAUUGGAACAACCAUCCAAUUUCCUUUUCCAUUCACUCUUUUAAUACCAAUUCAAUUAUUUCAAAAAACAACACAUGAAAAAUAUAUAAAUAUGAAACCUUUCUUAUGAGAUUCGCUAUCAGCGAAGUACAUACUGAUUGUCUGCGUUUAUGUAACAUAAUUUAAUUUUGUUUUAAUAUAUAUAUAUAUAUUAAUAAUUAUAUAAAUAACAAAAGGUCAGGUUAGUCUAGUAAUGGACAAGACUAUCUUAUCUAUUCAUGGUGGACUCGAAUUUCGAAUUAUAUCCCCGUAAAACAUCUUACGGGUUUUGGGCCGGUAUAAUAUUCAUGUCCUUUUUUGUUAGAAAAAACAUAUUUGCUUAAUUCCUGAAUGAUUUUUUAGAGGGCAAAAAAGUGAAACAAUUAAGUUUUUUGCACAUUUUUUACAGUUUUGAUAAAAGCUUAGCAUGUCGAAACAUGAAAAGAUAAAUAAAUUUCUUAUGAAAUAAAUAAAAACCUGUUAUUUAUAUAAUUAUUCUAAAAUGUUUCAAUUUAUUACAUCGGUCAGUAUAAUAUUUUCUUUACCUUAAGAACAAUGCAGGGACUGCUUUAACGAAAAACAAAUGAUCUAUUUAAAUAACUAAAAAUAUAAUCUGAAAAUUCGCCAAUUUUUUGUGUAAUUAAUUCUGUUUCCAAAAUCGCUUUUGGAAAGUACAAAAGAUGAUAUCUUAUGAUACCGAAAAGUUAUAGAAUUCAUUUUUUUUUUAUAAAUAUCAACUUUUACACUACUGAAAGUUUGAUUGCAGAUGUAUCAUCCGCUGCUGAUAACAGAUUGCUGAAUAUUGAUUAAAAAAAGUCAUUAAGUUGGGCCAUGAAAUUAGUUUAUUGGUAAACACUUUACUAGUUGUCAUUUUUUCUUAAAGUUUGCUCCAAACAAACUAACGGUGAUUGUUUCUUUAAGUAAAAUUAUGUAUCUUUACAAUAGAAUAAUUUUGAUUUUAAGUUAAUUGAACUUAAAGUUUUUAAUUAGUUUUUAUGAUAAACAUCCUGUUUCUUUAAAGAACUUCGAUAAUAAAUAUAACUAAAUAUUUUGUAUCUUGCAGAUAUUUUAAAUUUUCGAGUAGUAUUUUCAUUGUGAAAUAACAUUUAUAUUCAGUAAAUGUCUAAUUUCCAUAUUAAUUAGUUAUUAUAUUUUUUUAUAAAAUUAUGUUGUAACAUGUUGGAAUUAAUUUUCAUGGGCACAACUGUUGUAUUUAUGGUUUGUACGUAUAUUGGGCGUUUUUCUAGUACGAUUUUUUUCGUCCCGGCCUGUGCUACAGCAAGGAUGCGUUUCAAAAUGUGGAAUAUAUUUCUGAUUUGUAUCAAACAGGGGAAGUUAUGGCAGGCCCUGGAGCGAGAAGCAAUACGAUAGCGGGUAUACUGGGAGGUACGUUACCGAAACUGUCUUCCGAACAAAUGGACUCGGUUAGCAGAGCGAAAAAAUACGCAAUGGAACAGAGCAUUAAAAUGGUCCUUAUGAAGCAGACUUUAGCACAUCAACAGCAGCAAAUGGCUAGUCAGAGGACGCAGGUCCAGAGGCAACAGGCUCUCGCCCUCAUGUGCAGGGUGUAUGUGGGCAGCAUCAGCUUUGAACUAAAAGAGGACACGAUAAGACAGGCGUUCCUGCCGUUCGGCCCGAUCAAAUCCAUCAACAUGAGUUGGGAUCCUGUCACACAGAAGCAUAAGGGCUUUGCUUUUGUGGAGUACGAGAUUCCGGAGGCGGCACAGUUAGCUCUUGAACAAAUGAACGGUGUCAUGAUUGGCGGUCGGAACAUCAAGGUCGUCGGUCGGCCGAGCAACAUGCCGCAGGCGCAGUCGGUCAUUGAUGAGAUUAUGGAAGAGGCGAAGAACUAUAACAGGAUCUACGUCGCUUCCAUACAUCCCGACCUCACUGAAGAUGACAUUAAAAGCGUUUUUGAAGCGUUCGGUCCAAUAAUUUAUUGCAAGUUGGCUCAGGGCAGUUCGGCACAUAGACACAAAGGUUAUGGUUUCAUCGAAUAUCAAUCAGCUCAAGCAGCGAACGAGGCAAUAGCGAGUAUGAACUUGUUCGACUUGGGUGGGCAAUUUUUGCGCGUCGGUCGGGCUAUCACGCCUCCCAACGCCCUUAUGGGACCGUCGUCGGGAUCGAGCGUGAUGCCGACCGCGGCCGCGGUGGCAGCCGCGGCCGCCACCGCCAAAAUCCAGGCGAUGGACGCGGUCGCGAGUAACGCAGUCGCCCUCGGUCUUUCUAAGCUCAACCAGACGACUUCGAUUCCAGUUUUGACUCCGCCAACUAUCCCGAUCGUCACCCCCACGAUACCCGUUGUACAACCGACGCUUGCCGCUCCGACCGUAAUACCGACCGCUGUGCCGGCAGGCGUGCUGCCGCCCCCCGGUCUGGCCAUUCCGCAAUUGCCACCUGCGCAAACUGUUGCGCAGGUGCCGAUCGUCGCGCCAAUCAUAACUACCGUACCGACGAUCGCGCCGCCUUCAGUCGUGAUUAAACCCCCCGUUUCUACGACCGGACAACAGCAACAAGAGGCAAUGAAGAAAGCCCAAGAGGCGCAGCUUAAGCAACAAGAAGAGCUACAGAAGAAGCUCCUCGAUCAGAACGAACCUCAAACAUUGCAACAGCAGGAGAACAUGUCGAUUAAGGGUCAGAAUGCGCGGCAUCUGGUUAUGCAGAAGUUGAUGCGUAAGGUGGACUCUAGGGUCGUCAUAUUGAGGAAUAUGGUCGGGCCGGAGGACGUGGACGAAACGUUACAGGACGAAAUACAAGAGGAGUGUUCCAAAUUCGGGAUUGUCGAACGGGUUAUCAUUUACAACGAGAAACAGUCCGAGGACGAUAACACCGACAUCAUAGUGAAAAUCUUCGUAGAGUUUUCGCAAACCGGUGAAGCUGAAAAAGCCAGAGAUGCCUUAAAUGGGAGAUAUUUCGGUGGGAGGAUGGUACAGGCAGCACUUUAUGACCAAACCUUAUUCGAUCAUAGUGAUCUUUCAGGUUAGACUAAUUAUCUAAUAUAUUUAUUUGAAUUGCAAAACUUUAUUGAAUAUAAACGGAAGUAAAAAGACAUUGAAACCGCCGAUUUUUAAUUAAGUUCAAAUUGUAUUAAUAAUUUCGUAAGUUGUAUAAUAGACAUAAUAUUAAUUUUCUAUAAUGUAAUGUUGAUUGUAAUAUAUGUGAUUUUUGACUAAAAAGCUCAACCGUC